GCAAGUCAAAACGGUGACGUUGGCACUGGCUUUCUCUUUGCUGCGCAGCUCGCGGGGGGAGAAGCACGUGGGUUUGGUCCGUCCGCUCGAGCGAAUAAACAGCGUUUUGAAAAUGGUGAAACUGGCCAAGGCAAAUAAAAAGCAAGGAAAACCUAAAAAAGCUGCCCCUCCACCACCACCCGAAGAUUUUGAAGAGUCUGCUUCUGAGGAGGAAAGUGAAGAGGAGGAACUGCCAGCACCUCCUGUUAAAAAGGCUUCAACUCCAAAUGCUAAGACCCCACAGUCUGCCAACAAAAAAAAUGGUAAAGCUGUAAAAAAAGAGAGCAGUGAGGAGGAGGAGGAGGAGGAAGAAGAAGAGGAAGAGGAGGAGGAGGAUGAGGAGGAAGAUGACUCUGAGGAAGAAUCUGAAGAGGAGAAACCCAUUCCUAAGCGUGCACCUGCUGUGACUAAAAAAGGAAAGGAAGAACCUGAUGAUGCUGAGGAUGAUGAAGAUGAGGAUGAAUCUGAGGGGGAAGAGGCUAUGGAUACAGCACCACCACCCAAGGCAAAAAAAGCUGGCAUGGUAAAAGUUCAAGAAGAGGCUGAGGAUGAAGAUGAUGAGGAUGAUGAGGAGGAUGAUGAUGAUGAUGAUGAUGAAGAGGAGAGUGAAGAUGAGGAAGUUGAGAUAGUUGUGUCUAAGAAAGCCGGAAAGAGAAAGAAAGAGGAGCAGAAGGCAGUAACUCCAGCCAAGAAACAUAAGACAGAACAUGAUGCAUCCUUUUCACUCUUUGUUGGAAACUUGAACUCUGAAAAGAACUUCGAGGAACUAAAGAAAGCCCUGAAUGGCUUCUUCACCAAAAAGAAACUUGCAGUCACAGAUGUCCGAAUUGGAUCCAGCAAGAAAUUUGGUUAUGUAGACUUUGAAACCGAAGAACAACUGGAAAAAGCAUUGGAAUUCAAUGGAAACAAAGUGCUGGGACUUGCUGUCAAACUGGACAAAGCACGCAGUAAGGAAAGCAAUGCAGAUAGCAAAAGAGAAAGGGACUGCAGGACAUUGUUUGUCAAAAAUCUCCCAUUCAAGAUAACACAGGAUGGCCUCAAAGAAAUUUUUGAAGAUGCUAUUGACAUCAGAAUUCCUACUUCUCGUGACGGUUCAGGAACACGGGGCAUUGCGUAUAUUGAAUUUGAAAAUGAAGCAGCUGCAGAUACAGCAUUAGAACAGAAACAAGGCACUGAAGUUGAGGGCAGGGCCAUCGUUAUUGAUUUCACUGGGGAUAAGAGUAUGUUAAAUGUAAAGUCUGGACAACAAGUGCAACCAGAUUCUGAUACACUCAUUGUAAAUAACUUGGCAUAUUCUGCAACAGAAGAAACCCUUCAGAAUAUUUUUGAAAAAGCAUCAUUGAUCAAAAUACCAGAAAAGAAUGGCCGACCAAAAGGGUUUGCAUUUGUUAAAUUUGAAUCUAUUGAGGAUGCUAAAGAAGCUCUUGAGCAAUACAGCAAUACAGAAAUUGAAGGGAGAACAGUGAGGUUGGAUUUCAGCAACCAAGGCCACAGGAGUGGUGAUGGUCCCAGCAAAACAUUGUUUGUUCGUGGCCUUUCUGAUGACACAACUGAAGAAACUUUAAAAGAAGCCUUUGAGGGAGCUGAGAGUGCUAGAAUUGCGACAGACAGGGAAUCAGGAAGAUCAAAAGGUUUUGGAUUUGUGGACUUCCCAUCAGAAGAAGAUGCAAAAUUAGCUAAGGAAGCAAUGGAAGAUGGAGAAAUUGACGGAUGCAAAAUUACACUUGACUUUGCUCGACCAAAGGGGGAAAACCAGCGAGGCGGGCGAGGGGGUGGCUUCGGCGGAGGAUUUGGUGGAGGCUUUGGAAGAGGUAGAAGAGGUCGUGGUGGAUUUGGCGGCAGAGGUCGUGGUGGCCGAGGUGGUGGUGGUGGUCGGGGUGGAUUUGGAGGAUUCAGAGGUGGAAAGACAGGUCCUCAAGGAAAGAGAAUCAAAUUUGAUUAAAGAGGCCAAUAAGACUGCUUUACCUCCUUGUGUUCAGACAGAGCCUCUGAUUGCCUCACAGUUGGACAUUCCAGAAUUCUGCAUGGACUGGCUGGCUGUGCAACUUGGAGUGUGGUGGGAGCUCCCUAAGUUUCUGAAUGGACUUACAAUUAAGUAAAGAUUGAAAUUGUUGGUACACCUUUCGUGGAUUUUGUCAAAUUUAAGUAUUCUGUUUUACCAAUGUGUAAAUGUACUGCUCCCUAUGAUUUUUUUAGUUACAAUGUAAAUGCAAAAACGUUUUAGAAUGUUGUGCUUGGCAUACUAUCUGAUGGAUUAAAAGGACCUUAUUUCAUGUUUUGGGUAUUUAAUAGUGCGCAUCAAACUGGUUACUAAACUUGUUUACCAUACUGCAGCACUUCCUAAAAUACCUCACUUGAAGCAUCACUGAAGGCUUGUUGAAAUUGGGCUUUUAUUUUCCAUUUUCAUACUAUGAAUAGCAAUACUGUUGUGACAUUGGCUUUACUUUGCAAAUUGAAUUUUAGACAUUUUGUACAUUGCAAUUACAUGACAUUUAAAUUGGAAAUGCCAGCUGGCCUAUUUCUCCUCCACUCAUGACUGUAUACAUAGUUAGCACCACAAUGUUGUAGGUCAGUUGAAAUUUGUCCAGAUAUGUACUCUAUCAUGUUUUUAUGGGCUAGAUGAAGCCAUUGUUUUUUAUAAACAAUAUAAUGCAAACCUA